GUUGCGGGUUCGGGGCGCAUCGUGCUACUGCACGGCUUGCCGAGCAGGCUGCUACGAUGACUGCAUGGUUGCGAAGGUGUACCCCGACUUGGUUGGCAAGGUGAUGGAGAAGUCGGGAAAGGAGAAGGUUGGGAGACGCACGCUUGGGCCUCAAUUGACCGGCGGUAUUGUUCCGGUGAUUCCUUCGGACGAGUCUCCAGUGGCGCCUACUCCCAACCCCAUGCCUAGUCCGACGCUUGACGAGAGCAUGGGGGAGAAGGAAGAUGGGGAGGAGGAGAUGGAGGAGGAGAGGGAGGAGGAAGAGGACGAAGAGGAAGAGGAGGAGGAGGAGGAUGGGGAGGAGGAGGAAGAGGAGAGGGAGGAAGAGGAGAAGGAGGAAGAGAGAUACGAGAGCUCAAGGGGGCCCGUACGCGUUGCGAAGAGGAGGUUCUCGGAGUUGGGCUAG